AUGAAAGAGAUAUUGUCAAAGAAUGAAAAGGAUUUCAUAUUGUCGUCUAUUGACCAAGGUUUAAGAGUCGAUGGUCGUAGAUUGAAUGAUAUGCGAUCAAUAAAGAUCAAUUUCGGUAAGCAAUAUGGUAUGGUAGAAGUACAACUAGGUAGAACAAGAGUAUAUACAACGGUUACAUGUGAAGUUACAGAACCAAAACCAGAGAGACCAAACGAAGGUUUCUUUAUUUUCAAUACAGAUGUAUCACCAAUGUCAAGUGUAUCGGUGGACUCAUCCAGAGGUAAUCCUGUCGAAGCUGAACUUGGUAGAUUGAUUGAACGUGGUUUGAAAGAGAGCAGAGCGAUCGAUACCGAAGCACUGUGUAUCGUCGCAGGUUCAAAAGUUUGGAAAGUUAAAACAAACGUUCAUGUAUUAGACGACUGUGGAAAUCUUUUGGAUUGUGCAUCGAUCUCUGUAAUCACUGCACUGCUACAUUUCAGAAAACCAGAUGUCACCGUAGUUGGUAAUGAUGCAACCAUCCAUCCUAUAGAUGAAAGAGAACCAGUACCAUUGAGUAUUCAUCAUACUCCAAUUUCUAUUACAUUUGGAUUCUUCCCAAAGGCUAUUAUGAUUGUCGAUCCAGAUAAUAAAGAAGAACAAGUUAUGGAUGGAAAACUUAGCUUUUAUGUAAAUGUGCACAAAGAGAUCUGUGGUGUUUCAAAGGGUGGUGGAAUGUCAACAACCAUAGAACAAGUCAUUAAAUGUUCAAAGAUAUCGGUCAUCAGAGCAACUGAAAUCACUCAGUUGAUCAGAGAAGCAUUACAUCAGAAUAUUCAAUCGAGACAGAAACCAUCGACCAGAAGAAAAGGUCUACCAUUUGAAAUCGUUGAACACUCUGUACCUGAACCAACCACAGUCGCUGGUACAACUGUAGAUAUUAAAAUGGAAAUAGAUACAAAUAAUAAACAACAACAACAAACGACAUCUAAACCAACAACAACAACAAACAAUAAUAGUAAUAAUAAUAACAAAGAAGAAACAAAAACAAAGACAACAGUUGAUACGUCAUCCAUAAAACAACAACAACAACAAAAUAAUAAUAACAAUAGUACUACCUCAAAUGUGAAGAAUACAGAUAUUGAAAUGAAAGAUAAAAAGAAAACUAUUGAAAUUGAUAGUGAUAGUGAUAGUGAAGAGGAAGAUACAGUUGUUUUAUCUUCGACAAACACAACGAAAACAACUCCGAGUGUUAAUAACCCAGCAAAGUCAACUACAACCAAAUCAGAAGAACCAACGAUCACAUCUAAACCAGCAGUUGCUAAACAACAAGAGCAAGCAUCACCAAUUAAUUUGGAUGAAGAUUCAGAAGAUCUAUCAGUGGCACUUUUAAAGAAGAAACCAGCUGCCAAAAAGAAAGCAGCAGCUAAAAAAUAA